UAUUAUCACGGUUGGCUACGUACGGCGCGAAAGAAGUUCCUACAUGAGUACAAAUCGCAGGCGCAAGUGCGUGUGUAGCUUGCGUUUGUUUGCUUGAGCGGUUUGAUACAUCGCAAUAGUUUAAAAAAACCACUCGCGAACCCUGACCGCUGUUGGCCAAAACGUUAUCCCCAAAGUGCUGUGAAAUCGAGACACUGCGCAUGACUCAACUGGGAUAAUGCUUAGCAGCAGCAGCGGCAACAUCACCCUCAACCCCCUUCACCACCACCACCGCCGCGCGUGAAAACAUUGGGCAGAGUCCUCCUGACAUAAAGAGUCCUGAGAUUGGGCGGCUUGGAUCAACAAGCGUCGUCGAUCAAUGAAAUAAAUAAUAUGCCGGAGCUGUGACGCAUUGCCGAGUCUUGAGUGCAUGUGCGAGGCUGGUGAAAGAGAGGCGCAGGGGGGUGGUUGUAAUCCCACCUCCUCUUAGUUCUGGCCAUAGCUAUCAUCUUGUUGUCGUACAACUGAACCACAACGUCGCAUUCUGGUGGUGGUCGAGCCAGACAACCCACGUCAGGAGCAGCGGAGUAGUGAAUCGUCGCCGUGUAAUGCGCCCUUCAUAUUUUCGUGGAUCGGGGCAACGCGCCGUUGUGUCCUGGAUGACCACAGUCGGGCAGUGAUGUAGAGUGACUGGCGUGGGCCUUGCUGGAAUUAAGUGGUGGGGUGUUGGGGUGGGCUUUCUCCCCUCUCUCAAUUCCCCCCCCCCUCCUCGAUCCGUAGCCCAGCGCCUGGGCCCCUCCAGGACGAAGACCCCCCCCGCCGGGUGCAGUUGCAAUGCCUGGGCGCUGGGUAGCUGCUGCGUCCACUGCCAUGGGUAGGGGUCGGUAACCUUUCAAAGCAGAAGAGCAGCUAUUUUAUUUUAUUUUUUUGUCUGACCAGAAUGGUUUGAAAGCCGCAUCGCACGCGGAGCUUCUCGUUCACGUGCACAAGCAUAGCCGGCGGUAUUCGGCAAAAACAAUCGAAUGAUGGCAAACAAAUUCUGACUCUAAUAAACUAAAUAGGCGAUGGAAUAAACCGCGUUUAUUUCCCCUCAGAUAUUCUUGAACGACACCGUUUGGCCGAUGCACAUUUUUUCAUCACCAGGACAUUCCGUAGUCGCCCAUUUCCUGCCAUGUUUAGUCGAUUAUCUUUUUACGUUCAAUUACGUUGUUUCGUAUUUAUAUAAAAAAAACGCUGGCUGCAAGGGACAAGCCAAAGAGCCACGAGGGGUAAGCCAAAGAGCCUCCACUCGCGACUCCAGAGCCACAGGUUGCUUACCCCUGGCCAUUAUCAACAUCUCCAAAUAGCACAGUUGAUUACAUACGCUGCAAAAGUACUUCAACGUACAUUUGAUAUAUUUUUUUUAUCAUCUUCCUUCCUCAUUCUCCUCGUCUUCGCCUUAUCAUCAUCAUCAUGAUCUCCUCCUGGCUCACUCCUCAAAUUACCAAAACAAUGGAAGGGCCCUCUCUCCCCCGGAGGGCAGUAGGGGGGGACGCGAUGUCCAACCGUUGCACUCGGGGGCUCGCUCGUGUGCAAUUUCCUCACCGCCCGCCCUGUGCCUCCCUCUUCCACCUCCUCCUUCUACUCCUUCGUCCCCCUCUCCUCCGUUCACGGUUCCCCCCCCACCGCAAGCCAGCAGCCAGCCGCUCUCCCUCCUCCCGUUUCCUGUUCCGCCAGCGAGCGCCAGGGGUUAUAAGCGUCUCUCGACGCGCGCAUCGCGAGCAGGGACUGCGCGCCUCGUUCGCUCGCAGUGACCCCCGAGCUCCAGGUCGCAUUGAAAAAAAAACAAAUCUUAAAUCCUUCUGGAUUUGAAGUUCUUAAAUCCUUGUUUUCGCUAGCCCCGUUUGAUCUCUCCCGAGUUUUCUUUGUCUCAAGACCGCGCGGGGUUUGUUUUGUUGCGAUGUCGUCCCACCGUGGGCUUGGUGUGCGACUGCCGCCGCUGCUGCUGCUGCUGCUGGCGCUCCUGCCGCUGGCGCCGAGUGCCCCCUUGGCCCCGGAGAGCGGCGGCGGGGAGCAGACGGGCGAUGCCGGCGGCGCGGAACCCCAGGACUACGGGCAGCCCGGACAGCACGACGUUGGCGGGAGAGCGGGCGACGGGGAAGACGCCCCCCUCGCCUCCUCCCUGCAAGAGAAGAGCGAGGAGCAAAUGCGCAACCUAAGGAUGGCCAUGAAAUACCUGAAGAACCUGGGCUACACGGAGACGCGGAACGACUCCAGCAGCAUGGUGCAGCUGCCCUCCUCCAUCCGCAAGAUGCAGCGCUUCUUCCGCCUGGCGGAGACCGGCGAGCUGGACGCCGCCACGGUGGCCGUCAUGAAGAAGCCGCGGUGCGGGGUGCCCGACGUGGCCGCCUACAACCUGUUCCCUCGCAAGGAGAAGUGGGACCAAGAGCAGCUCACCUACAGGAUCCUGAACUACACGCCCGACCUGGACACGCGCCUCGUGGACGACGCGUUCGCACGCGCGCUGGCGCUCUGGAGCGCCGUGACGCCGCUCACCUUCCAGCGGCUUUACGACGGCGAGGCCGACAUCAUGAUCAUGUUCGGCCGUGGAGAGCACGGCGACGGCUACCCGUUUGACGGCAAGGACGGGCUGCUGGCACACGCCUUCCCUCCACGCAGCGGCGAGGGGGGAGACUCGCACUUCGACGACGACGAGGAGUGGUCGCUCGGGGAGGGCAAAGUGAUCAAGACGCGCUUCGGGAACGCCGAGGGAGCCACGUGCCACUUCCCGUUCCUCUUCGAGGGCGUGGAGUACACCGGCUGCACCGCCAAGGGACGCAAGGAUGGGAUGCUGUGGUGCUCCACCACCGCCGACUUCGACACCGACGCCAAGUACGGCUUUUGCCCCUCUGAAAGCCUCAUGACGUUCGGCGGCAACGGCGGCGGCAAGCCGUGCAAGUUCCCCUUCGUGUUCCUGGGCGAGACGUACGACUCGUGCACCGCCACCGGGCGCAAGGAUGGCUACCGCUGGUGCUCCACCACGGAGGACUACGACCGCGACAAGCUCUACGGCUUCUGCCCCUCCGACGCCAUGGCGACGUCGGGCGGCAAUGCGGAGGGCGCGCCGUGCGUCUUCCCCUUCGUGUUUCUGGACGACUCGUACGACGCCUGCACGCAGAACGGCCGCAAGGACGGGAAGUCCUGGUGCGCCACCACCUCCAGCUUCGACGACGACAAGAAGUGGGGCUUCUGUCCCGAUGCCGGCUACAGCCUCUACCUGGUGGCGGCGCACGAGUUUGGCCACGCGCUGGGCCUGGAGCACUCGCAAGAGGAGGAGGCUCUCAUGUUCCCCACCUACAAGUUCACGCGCGACAACCCGCUCACCCCUGACGACAUCGCCGGCAUCCAGUACCUCUACGGCGAGGGGAAGGGCGGGAAGCCCUCUCAGCCCACCAAGGCCCCAGUUGCCCCACCGACUCAGGCUCCCGACACGGGGCCCAAGUACGAGGUGUGUAAGGACGUCAAGGUGAAAUUCGACGCCAUCGCCCAGAUCAACGGGCAGGUCUACUUCUUCAAGAACAAGAUGCACAUGCGCGUGACGCACCCAGGCUCGCGGGCGGGCCGUCCCCGCUGGAACACCGAUGUGUGGGAGGGCCUCCCCGAGAGGGUUGAGGCCGCGUACACCGAACCCAGCAGCAACCACACUGUGUUCUUCUCCGGCACCAAGUAUUGGGCGUACGCGGGUGGCAAGCUGCUGCCGGGCUACCCCAAGAGCGUGACGCGCCUGGGCCUGCCCGCGGAGCUGCCGGGCCUGGACGCGGCGUUCUACUGGUCGCACAACAAGAAGACGUACCUCUUCGCCGGGGACAAGUACUGGAGAUACAACGAGCACAAGAAGAAGAUGGAUGCAGACUACCCCAAGCUGAUCGGCGACUACUGGAACGGCGUGCCGGACAGCGUCGACGCCACCUUAGCACACGGUGGUGCCGUCUACUUCUUUAAGGACUUCUACUACCAGAAGUACAUGGACCGCAACCUGAGACUGAACAAGGUCGGGGUCAGCCUCAAGGACUGGCUGGGAUGCUGAUGAGCCCAGCGAGAGGCGGGUCCUUUCCGCCGGCUCUCGUGCCCUUGCAGCACUUGUGGGCCCCCUUCCAUGGGAGCCUCUGUGGGUCCGUGACGUCUGUGGGUCCGUGACGUCUGUGGGUCCGUGUGACGUCUGUGGGUCCGUGUGACGUCUGUGGGUCCGUGUGACGUCUGUGGGUCCGUGACGUCUGCACGCCGCUUGACUGCCAUUCUCCCGACUGCUCUGCGUGCGUGUCAGGUGCUGCCUGCGCUACCACUGACAGCAGUGCCUCAUUGUCGAGAGGCUCAUGCGUCCCCCUCUUUCCGGGACACUGCUGUGUUGUACAAUAUGAGGUAAAGACUAAACUAUUUUUUUAUUUUACUAAGGAAGCCCCACUGAGCUAUGUAGCUCUUUUUUUCCGAAGUGACCUGGCCACCAAUGAUAGCUCAACGAAGUGGCUCAUCAUCACGUGGACAUUUAUAGCA